AUAAAACAGAAUUCCCAGAGGAAAAAAAGUUAAAAUUUUUAUCGCCGGUUGACGUUUAUGUUUCUCUCAACAAUAAGUGUAAUAAAUAUUAAAAAACAAACAAUAAAAACACCAAAACAAUCACUAUUAGAUAACAAUAAUUAAACAAUAUAAAAAAACAAUAAUAAUAAUAAAAAAAAGUAAACAUAAAUAUAUAUUAGUGAUGAAAUCAAAAUCGAUUAGUGAGUCGUCGUGGCUGCGCAACUCGCUAAAAAAAAAUUCUUUUCAAUAAAAAAUUUACCGAAUUAAAGCUCAUGUGUAAUUAAAAAAAUAAAUCAAUAAAAAAUAAAACAAGUGUUUAAAUAAUAAAGUGAAUAAUUAUUUUUAAGUGAGUUUAAUAAUUAGAAAUGUAAAAAUUGUUAGUGGAUAAUAAAAAUAGCGAAAGAUGGCGGAUUGUGGUUCUGAAAUAGACAAUACAUCUUGCAAUGAUUGCGGAAUAAAUAAUUCUGGUGGUAUAACGACAACAAUGAUAAAUGGACGCGUACCUUGCCAGCAUAAAUUGAAUAAUAAUUCUGGUGUUGGUUUAGGAGGAGUUGGAAGAGGUGGAGGUGAAGGUGGAGAAGGUGUUAUUGGUGGUGAUCCUAUAGGACAGGGUCCACGCUGCGUUACAAUUUAUAAAACAGAAACUGGUUUUGGGUUUAAUGUACGCGGUCAAGUUAGUGAAGGUGGACAAUUACGUAGUAUCAAUGGUGAACUCUAUGCACCCCUUCAGCAUGUCAGUGCUGUUUUGCCACAUGGUGCUGCUGAAAAAGCUGGUGUUAGAAAAGGAGACAGAAUUUUAGAAGUAAAUAAUAUUAAUGUCGAGGGAGCGACACACAAGCAAGUUGUUGAUUUAAUUAAGUCAGGCGGUGAUGUACUGACAUUGACCGUUAUUUCGGUAACUCCGCAAGAAGCUGAACGAUUGGAGCCAUGUGAAGAUUUAAGUUACGCCUCAAUAGACUACAGUGAAAAAAGAUCCCUACCAAUAAGCAUUCCAGACUACCAUGUCCGAGAACGUAAGCACGAGCGGUACGUGGUGUUCAACAUCUACAUGGCAGGCCGCCUUUUAUGUUCCCGGCGGUACCGUGAAUUCGCAGCCUUGCACAUGGCUCUUAAAAAGGAGUUCAUUGGGUUCAACUUCCCCAAGCUUCCAGGCAAGUGGCCGUUCCAGCUGAGCGAGCAGCAGCUGGACGCGCGACGGCGCGCCCUAGAACUCUACUUGGAGAAGACUUGCGCUGUCCGGGUGAUCAACGAGAGCGACGCGAUGCAAGAGUUCCUUUACGGCCGCCUAGAAGACGACGGCGACCAAGGACUGUCAGCAGUUGACCUGAAGAUAGUUUUACCCGACCGGGAAUUUUUAACAGUGACUGUCCCGAAAGCGGCGAUCGCUAAAGACGUCUACGAGGUGAUCUGCAAUAAAAUAGGCUUGGAUAAUGACACGGCUAAAUACUUCUACCUGUUUGAGGAAGUGGAGUAUAAUUUCGAGCGCAAGCUCCAACCUCAUGAGCAUCCUCACGCUCUUUACGUCGCUAAUUACUCAACAGCUAACAGAACUUGCUUGUCAAUAAGACGGUGGCUGUUCAACUUGACCCGGACUUCGUUGAGUGACCAGGCGCUCACUUGGAUAUUCUGGCAGACUAUUGAUGAAGUCAACCGCGGACAUAUCUUCGCUGGGGAACGACUUUAUCAGUUGAAGACUCUUCAAGACGCUUCCAGGAAACACGAGUACUUGAAACUGGCCCAGGAACUUAAUGGGUAUGGCGAUAUUGUCUUUCCUCAUUGUCCUUGUGACUCCAGAAAGGAGGGACAUGUUGUCGCUGCUGUUGGUGCUAAUUCUUUUAAGCUACAUGCUGCUAAGGAAGAUGGAACUCUGGAGAGCCAGGUUGUAGAAUUCUUGUGGAAGAAUAUUACUAGGUGGGAAAUUGAUGAGGAAGGAAUGGCUUUUUGCUUUCAGUAUACUAGAUCUGAUAAUCGACCUCCUAGAUGGUUGAAGGUUUUUACUCCUUAUUAUAUAUAUCUUCAAGAUUGCUUCGACCGAAUAGCUGAGGAAGCUAAAUGGUUCAAAGGAAAAAAAUGACCCGAGAAUAACAUAA